CCGACCCACGUGCUCACUCGCUCCCCCUCUCGAAAAUCAAAACUCCCGCCGCCCUUGAGAGUCGAAACCGCUCUCCCCAUUCCUUCUCUCCCACAUCCCCACGACCACUCUGCGUUUGAGGUGUCAACCAGCAUUACACGACCACUCUCCUCUUCCGGUGCCGUGUACGGUGUACCCCUUCUCCACCUGUGACGAUUCCUCUAUUUCUGGUGUGAACCCACGAGCCCCCUCUUUGUGGACUGGUUUUGGACAACGACCCACUGACAGAGAUGGUGCGAACCCCACUGAAAGGGUCCUGAAGAUACAUAUUCCCAAUUAUGACUAUUUCCCCGCACAGUAUUCCGUGUGUUCAUACUUUAGAAAUGCGGCGAAGUGGGUACAAAACACUUAUCUCCAACACAAACGGAGAUGUUGCGCGCUUUACCAUGGGUCCAUCUUGUUGACGUCCCACAUAUACAAUUCUCCGGGCAAAUCUUUCACAUGUUGGCCUUAAACCUAGUGCAGGAUCAACCCGAUGAUGAGCUCUGGUUUGACAUUGAGGGUAGACUCUUGAAGUUUACUUAUGUGGAUUUUUGUCACAUAAGUGGAUUACCAGCAGGUGCUGAAUGAGUAGUUGCUGCAUCUGAGGACGAAAAUGAUGGAGAUGAUUCAGGAGACGAAUCUGGCGAAGAAGAUGAACCAGUAGGGGCCCUUGAGUAGACGUUCUCUUACUGCCUAUUUGGUGUUUCUUGGGGGGUUCUCCCAUUUCCUGGAAAACUAAGAAGCAAGCCACGUCUCACGUUCGUGUGCCGAGGCAGAAUAUAGGCAAUGACUUCUGUUACUUGUGAAAUCUUGUGGUUGAAAGGUUUAUUACAAUGCUUGGGUAUUUCACAUUCCUCACCCGUUUCUCUGUAUUAUGACAGUCAAGCGGAUGAUCCCGUCUUUUACGAGCGUACUAAACACAUCGAGAUCAACUGUCAUUUUGUUCGUGAUGAAAUUGUAUGUCAUACGAUUGCUACUGUUUAUACACCUACUUCUUUGCAAUUGGCUGAUAUUUUGACCAAAGCUCUUGGUCGUCGAUCUUUUCAUUUCUUACUUGCCAAGUUGAGCAUUCGCAAUCUUCAUGCUCCAACUUGAGGGGUAUUGAGA